AUUUCUUUUUCGGGAUAGGGCCGCUCUUUUCCGCUGACGCUAUAGCGCCAGCGAGGCUUUGAACCGUUCACACGCCAGGAGAGAGCAGAGCGAGUCCUACAGCCCGACCAGAAUGAAUUUACUUCCAAUGUGCUGCCGAUUUUCGCCAAGAAACAAACAACUAGACAAGUGAAUGUGUUUCCUCCGACCAUCUAAAAUCGUCGUCCAAGUGUUUCAAAGUGCUAAAGUGUUACCGGUUUGAUUUCAAUUGGUGCCGUUUAGACACAUUUCAAUGUCUAUAGUGGAAUAGAGGUCUAUUUUGUUUUAAUUUGAAAGGGAAAUCACUAGGAGGAUUGAAAAAAUUAAAGGAAAAAAAGGAAUCUGUAUGUACCUGGGCUGAUUUCAAUAGCUUCUUAUUAUUUGGUGUGUGGUUGCCUUGGUGACAAAGUGCGUCUGUUAUCACCGUUCCAGCACUUUGAUCAGCUUUUGGCGAAUAUUCUAUUGGACAACGCCAACUGCAGCAUCAGCAGUCUAUAGAUCUAUAUAAUCGUAUAUAGACUGUGAAGUUUAUAAAAGAUCAUCCUGCAGCACGUCAUCUCUUUUGGGGGAGGGCCAUGAGAUGACAAACAUGUCGCGGAUAUUGCCACUGCUCCUGCUGUCCGUCCUCCUCGUCAACGGACAAAUCCCCAAAAGAGAUUCGUCGGAUACGUUGGACGAUUCCUUCUGGACCGAGGAGACUUCAGUCGGCGAUGUGGAAAAGUUGCUCAAAGAGCAUCGGGAGAAUCAGGACCUGGUGCGUUCCAUAGGAGGCAGCCACUACCAAAUCGUCUUCCCCGUUCAGCUGAGACACCGCGAGAAGAUGGGCAUUUCCACCCGUGAGAUCGGAGCCACAAAGACUAUGGAGCGACCGUCUGAAUCUAGCAGGAUGAAUGAACGCUACAGCACUCAGCAACAGACGGGCAAGCACUACCACCGGACGUCGCUCCUGAUCAAAGCUUUCAGCCACAAGUUCCGGCUGGACUUGGAAUUGAACUCGCAGCUGUUGGCACCCAACUUGAUCCAGAAGCAUUUUCUGCCCGGCGGAGUUGAACAGUUCUCCAAACAGGAAAUCGAGCACUGCUACUACCACGGAACGGUCAAGGACUAUCCAGGAGCCGUGGCGGCCUUCCGGACGUGCAGCGGAGUCAGCGGAAUCAUCCACAUUGGCAACGAGACGUUCGUGAUCCAUCCGUUUUACGGCGGCGAUCUCUCGCAGAGGAAACACCCUCACGUCAUCUUCGAAGCCCGGACCAAAGUCAAGCAAAUGUGCGCCAACACGGGCAUGCUCGAGUACGGCCUCCGCUCGGGCAACUACCGCGGAGGCGGCGGUGGCAAAGGUCAGUCCAAACAGCCGAAAUCCAACGAGCGACAAAAGAGGGACGUCCGCGAAGUGACCAAAUACGUCGAAACGGCCCUGGUCCUUGACAAAGCCAUGUUUGAGAAGCGCAACGGCAGCCGACGGAUCGAAGUCGUCCAGGACGCCAUUCAAAUCGCCAAUAUCGCCGACCUGUAUUUCCGGACGCUCAACACCCGCGUUUCGGUCGUGUACAUUGAGACGUGGGCCAGCGAGAACCAGGCGCCGGUCGACCGGUCCCAGGACAUCCACCGGGCCCUCCUCAACUUUAACGACUACAUUUCGCGCAAACUCUACAAUGUCAUCAAGGACACCACUCAACUUUUGUCCGGAGAGACUUUUGCCGGAGGGUCCGGAAUGGCGGCACCGGACACGAUUUGCACGCCCAGAUCGGUGGGGCUGAGCGUCGACAUCAACCCGUACGAGCCUCACCUGGUGGCCGGCACCAUGGCCCACAUGAUCGGCCACAACAUUGGCAUGGGUCACGACGACGGCCGUGACGAAUGCCAUUGCGGAGAUUGGCACGGCUGCAUCAUGUCUCAAUCGAUCAUGGGCCUGGAAAGCGUCCAGCCCUACAAGUUCUCCGAGUGCAGCCUCUCCGACUACAUCGAGAAGCUGAAAAUCGGCCACAGCAUCUGCCUCUUCAACCGGCCCAAUCAGCUGGAGGACUUCCGCACUUGCGGCAAUGGCGUCGUCGAGGAUGGAGAGGAAUGCGAUUGCGGAACGAUCGAGGAGUGUCACGAUUCCGAUCCUUGUUGCGAUCCCAUCACGUGCAAAUUGACGGCAGAAGCCGAAUGCGCUUCCGGACCGUGUUGCGACGAUUGCAAAUUGAGACCGAAAGGCUAUCUCUGUCGGGAUGCCACCAACGAGUGCGACUUGCCGGAAAUUUGUAACGGGCGUUCGGGUCAGUGUCCGCUGGACAUUUACAAGAAGAACGGCAACCAGUGCGAGAUCAAUAAAGGCUACUGCUUCAAUGGCGUCUGCCCGACCCUGGACAGCCAAUGCCGACUCAUUUGGGGCGACGGCGGACUUUCGGGCGACCGCAAGUGUUUCGAGCAGUUCAAUUCGCAAGGAUCAAUCAACGGCCAUUGCGGGCAGGAUUCCCACAACAAUUACAUUCGCUGCGAUGCGGAGCACGUCAUGUGCGGAUCGCUGCAAUGCCAAAUGGGAACGCGCUACCCCAUCGUCGCCGGAAUGGAUCAAAUGUAUUCGAGGACUCUGGUCUCCAUGGCCGGACGGGAAUUCGAGUGCAAGAUCACCAGCGGGACCGUUGCGGCUGCCGAUCUGCCGGAUUUGGGGAUUGUGCGGGACGGAACUCCUUGCGGAAACAGUCUGAUUUGCAUGAACAAGACGUGCAGCAGCAUUUACCCGCACAUCGACCGAUCGAAAUGUCCCAGCAACAACGUGGCGCUGGAUUGCUCCGGCCACGGCGUUUGCUCCAACAUCAACUCGUGUUUCUGCGACGCCGGAUGGACUGGCCACGAUUGCUCGACCCAGACCAACGACAGUUACAUCCGCAGCGGCUUCCAGUCCGGCGACAAGAUGGGCGCUGCGGAGGCAUCCGAACGCGAUUCGGCCAACGCUGGCGCCCUGGGCACGGGGGCUCCUCCGCCGCUCAACGGCGUCACCACCCUCAUGCCGGAAGCGCAAACCAGCAACAGCAAAACCACCUCCUACGUAGACCGAAGUGGUCACAGCACGGUGUUCAUGGUGGUGAUGCUGGUCUCGGUAGUAGGGGGCGUAUUUAUCGUCUUUGCCCUAAUGGCCCUCUGCUACAGGUCAGUGGUGGUACACAGAAACCUCUCCCUUUGCCUCAGAAGGAAGAGCACGAUGCCCAAAUAUGAUCCGCCCUAUUUGAAGCGGCCCCUUGUCAACGCUUCCGGACAAAUGAUGACUUUGCCCAAGCCGCCGGGCGGAGGAGGAGGAGGAGGCAACGCCGGAGGAGCCGGUCCGUCUGGUAUGGGAGCUGCCGGGCCUUCGGGCAUUAAUAACGCCACGGGCAAUCACCAUCACGCGGCCACCAUGUCGACGGAUGCCCUUUCACUGGAAGCCGGUGCCAAAGGCAUUUCCUUCGGCACUAUGCCUUCCUACAACAAUCGAUUCCCCGGUGCUGGAAACGUCCAGCUUCAGCAACACCAGCACCACCACCACCAGCAUCAACAGCACCAGCAGCAGCAGCAGCACAUUGUCCAGCACAUGAAGCAGCGCCAGCAUCCGCACAUGGACGGCAUCAGUUCGGCGUCGCACAGUCACGUCAACAGUCCCAAUUCGACGCCGGCCCAUCACGGCAUCAGCAACCACAUCAUGCAGGCGUCGGCCAGCGAGGACGAGACCCUCCAGUCGGGCGAGGACGAAGGGACGGCCUUCCUGGACGGCAUGCCGCAGUCCAACAAUUUGUCCAGCUCCGGAAUGAACAAGCAGCCGGAGAAGGGCAUCUUGAAGAAAUCGGGCGGAGGAGUUUACGGUUCGGUUGGCGGAGGCGGCGGAAUCAGCUCAUCUCAGCAGCAGCUGGGCGGCGGAGGUGGUGGUGGUGGACACGGAGGGCCGUCGCUGACCCUACCCCUGGGCCGGAUGAACAGCGGCUCGUCCAUGAUGAUGAACAAGGAAAAGUGGAGCGAAGAGUCGCAGUCAGACAACCAGGAAGUCAUGUCCGUCUUGCUGUCGCCGGAUGGCGGAAGUAGCCGGAUUAGCGACCGGUUGGCGGCGUCCAGCCUGUCGGACGUUGAGCGAACUCUCAAGAGCCUCAAUGGAUACCACGAAGACAUCCUUCAAGCUCUGCGGAGUGCGGCUGCCAGCCAACGAAGUGCCAGUACGGCCAGCUUGUCGGAUGAGUUGCGGAAGUCGUUUGCCGAGUCGUACGCCGACUAUUUCCCUCCGCCCGACUACCUGUCCAUGCGGAGUCUCAACAAUCACGACAAGCACGGCGGAGUGGGCGGACGGGGCGGCGUCAUGGGCCCCGGCAGCAGCGUCAGCAGCACCAGCGAGAGAUUGCCCGGCCUGGCCAGCCCGCUGCCCGGCGGAGGCUCGCUGGGCGUCGGCGCCCACGGCGGCGGAGACAGUGGAGACGAGGGCGACCUGGUCCCACCGUGCGGGCCGAUCCGCAUCCGCAAUUUGGAGGACCUCAUCCGCCAGCUGGAGCGGCACAGCGCCCGGCACACGAGCCCCAACGGCUCCGAGGACAUCCGCAUGUCGGAAACGGAAGCCGACCGACACUACCGGCUGAUGGAGGCGGCGGCAGGAGGCGGCGUUCCCGGUUUAGGAGCUUCUGAUUCCCAAGCAGGUAGCGAUGCCUUGCGGUUCGUCUACGGCCGUUACCGACAGCCGACCUCCGUGCCGGGCAUCAGCCUUUACGAAACAACCAGCAACGAGAAUAAUCACGACCACCACGACGACAUCAAACACGGCGGACACGGCGGCGAUCCGGGCGAUUCCGACGAGAGCGAUAGUGACGUCGUGCUGGGGGCGGAUCAGGCGGGACUCUUCAUCGACGAUCCGCUGAUGGGACAUCAGCCGGAAGGACCGGACGAACUCGGAUACGGACCGCCGCUGUCGCCGUCGGGAAACUCUGACGAAUCUUACACCAUCGACGACGGAGGGACGACGACCGUGUCGUCCUCUUAUCCAUCGGGAUCCCGUUCGGCCGUCAGCACCGGAGAGGAUCCUCUGCGGGCGGCCGCCGUUGCUGCUGCAGCGUCGGCAGUCGACGUCAUCAUCGCCGCUUCUCCGCAAGUUCGACCGGCCAAAUUCCCCGAAUACAAACACUAAAAGUGAGACGGUUGAACUGUGAGUGCGCAGAAGAUAAUUUAGUCCAUAAAAAAUUAUGUAUAACCCGACAAAACGGCAACUAUAACAAACGGAGAAGACUCUUUUAAAAAAAAAGAUUUAAAAAAAGAAUUAAAUCUGCGAUGCUGCUGUGUGUGUGUAAUGCUGGAACGAUGAAUUUGUAUUGCUCACACAGACUAUACGGCCACACCAUCCAUGAUAUUAUUAUAACUCCCAAUUUUUGUGUUGUCAUUUUGAAAUUUCCCGCGCUAAUUAUGAAGUCAGUUCGUUUUUAAUUCACGUACAAAAAAAAAUGAUCACGGAACAUUUAGAUAUUGUCGGAGAUGAUGAAAACCCGGUUAUUUCACGUUUAGACGCAUUUAUUUAAACUAUGUAUACAACACACAUCCACAGAUUGAAUUGAAUUGAUAAUAUUCUAAAAUGAUGUGUAUACGCUUCUGAUUUCGGCUGAUGACUCAAACCGUUUGGAGGGGUUUGGUCGGGAAUCUUUUCGGCGUUGUCAAAUUUCUUCAUUUUAUAUUUCGAUUCUCUAUCUGCUCGCCGGAUGAAAAAUUUCCAAGAAAAAAAAAAUUAGUACGUCGUCGUCGUCGUUUGUUCUAAUUGCAUAUACAUAAUUAUACAUAUACGGCGUGGAUGUGCGAAAGCAUCAUUUUAAAAAUAAUAAGGUUUGAAGUAAAAAUUUUUUGCCCAUGACAUUACUAAGAAAUUAUCUCAUCCAAUUCCACUUUGAUUUUCUUUUUCCACCCUUUUUGCACCACUGAAUUUUCACUUUCACAAAUUUUUCAAAGAAGAAAAAUAACCCGAGUCCUUUUGGAGAAUGUCUCUCGAAGGCGUGUCGCAAUUCGUGCAGUUCAUUAUUUCGGUAUAUAAAGAAGAAAUCAAUUCAGCUAAUUCAUUUCCUCAUUGAAUCUCCAUCUUUUCACUCGCCCCUGUUAUUCUGACGAUGCCACAUGAUCUAAUUAAACUGUGUACUGGUUGGUUUUGAAACAAACAAACAAAAAAAAAAAGAAUUCGUAUGCCAGACUUAUUGUCGGUUCCACCACACUCCCUAUCGCUCUUAUUACAUCAUCAAUGCUCAUUUGUUUGUUCUGCGAUUGCUUUUUUCUCCUUAAUUGUCCAAAAAAAACACUUGAAUAAAUUUUUAAAGACAAAACGGAAUGGAACAGGACAGAACAAUUGGUAAGACCAGAGAGAUACUAGUAAAAGAUAAUAUGCUUAUGUUUCGUCGCAGUAUUACAAAAGUAUUGUUUCAGCCCCGCCCUAUCUUAGCCCAGUCCCGAAAUGUUUUUUUCCUCCCCUCGAGCAAAUGAAAUUCUCAACAAGCCAUUGAAAAUUGAAGCAUAACAAUAAAGUAAAUAUGCGCUAAAGCGAAAAAAAUUAAAUACAAAAUACAAAAAAGAUUUAAAAAAAAAUACCCAAAACAUUAUACAGUGCCAGGUAUACUGGUACCCACAUCUCAAUAUUGUUGCAGUUGAAUGUGUCUCUGUAUACGGUGUUUGUCAGCUGUCAGGGCGAGAUGAUAAGAUACAACAAUGAUUAACUGAUCUGAUCCAAUAAUAAUAAUAAAAAACGAAAAAAGAAAA